AUGAAGCAAAGAUUCUCCUCUCUCGAUGUCAAGGCCAUCGCGCAUGAGCUCUCCCAAAGCCUCGUGACGCUGCGACUCGCCAACGUCUACGACCUUUCCUCCAAGAUUAUGCUCUUCAAGUUCGCGAAACCCGAUAGCAAGAAACAACUCGUCGUCGAUGCCGGCUUUCGCUGCCACCUUACCGACUUUUCCCGCACGACAGCUGCCGCUCCGUCGGGCUUUGUCGCACGCUUGAGGAAGUUCCUGAAGACGAGGAGGGUGACCGAGGUCAGGCAGGUUGGCACGGACAGGGUUAUCGAGUUUGUGUUCAGCGAUGGGAGUUAUCGAUUGUUCCUCGAGUUCUUUGCGGGCGGCAACGUUAUUCUCACCGAUCACAAUCUAAAAAUCCUAGCUCUACUGAGGAUUGUCCACGAGGGGGAAGGUCAGGAGCCGCAGAAAAUCGGGUUAACCUAUGCGAUUGAGCAGAGACAAAACUACAACGAGGUUCCGCCUCUUACCCUGGAACGUCUCCGCGAUGCUCUCCAUACGAUGGCUGAGAAGGCUGGGAAGAGUGGGGAUGCUGGUGGGAAGAAGAAAAAAUCGAAACCCGGAGAGGCAUUGCGCAAGGGUUUGGCCACAACGAUAACUGAGAUUCCGCCUGUAUUGGUAGAACAUGUCCUUCGUGCAAGCGAGUUCAACGCCGACGCUUCCCCUACCGAGAUUCUAGCCAGCAAGCAGCAAACCGAUCUCCUAUUCAACGCACUCCAAGAUGCUCGGCGCUUGGUCGAUGAGUCUCCCAGCACCGCAACCUGCAAGGGGUACAUAAUUGCCAGGCACAAGCCCGGAUACACCCCAAGCACAGAACCUGACGCACCCCCAGCGAAACGAGAGAAUUUAAUAUACGAAGAUUUCCAUCCCUUCGUGCCUCAUAAAUUCAUCGGCAACCUGUCUUACACGAUUCUCACCUACGACAGUUUCAACAAGACGGUUGACGAGUUCUAUUCGUCUAUCGAGGGUCAGAAGCUGGAAUCUAGACUCCAUGAGCGCGAGGCUACGGCGAAGAAGAAACUCGAUGCCGCAAGAAAGGACCAGGCCAAGAGAUUAGAGGGUUUGCAAGAAGCCCAGACACUUAGCAACCGGAAGGCGGCGGCCAUUGAGGCCAAUAUUGAACGGGUCCAAGAGGCUAUGGAUGCUGUGAGCGGCCUUCUUGACAGCGGCAUGGAUUGGGUGGACGUCGGCAAGCUGGUAGCUCGAGAGCAAAAGCACGGGAACCCCGUGGCAGAGAUUAUCAAGCUUCCCCUGAAACUGUCAGAGAACACCAUUACCCUUCUACUUGGUGAAGAGGAGGAAGAUGCAGAAUCCGACGCGGGAUACUCUACGGAUUCGUCUGCCUCCGACUCUGAGGGGGAAGGUAAAGCGAAUGCUGCGGCGUCGGGGGCGGAAAAGCUUGCAAUCGAUAUCAACCUCGGCUUGAGUCCCUGGGCCAAUGCCAGAGAAUACUACGACCAGAAGCGCACCGCUGCCGAUAAAGCCCAGAAGACGGCUCUUCAAGCUGACCGGGCAAUGAAGAGCGCCGAGCAGAAGAUCAAGCAGGAUCUAAAGAAGGGUCUGAAACAGGAGAAGCCUGUGUUACAGCUCCUUCGCCAGCAGUCCUGGUUCGAGAAGUUCAUCUGGUUCAUAUCGUCGGAUGGAUAUCUCGUGCUAGCCGGAAAGGAUGCCUCUCAAAGCGAAAUCCUGUAUAAGAGGCACCUGAGGAAGGGCGACAUUUACUGCCAUGCCGACGUUGCCAACGCUUCGCACGUGGUGAUCAAGAAUAACCCAUCUACACCUGAGGCGCCAAUCCCGCCUUCGACACUCUCCCAGGCCGGGAUACUAUCCGUCUCCAUGUCUAAUGCGUGGGACUCUAAGGCGUUGAUGGCGGCGUGGUGGGUUAAGGCAGAGCAAGUCUCCAAGACCUUGUCCGGAGGGCACGUUCUGCCGCCAGGUAACUUCACCGUUAGCGGAGAGAAGAACUAUUUGCCCCCAGCCCCGUUGUUACUAGGAUUUGGAGUUUUGUUCCGUGUUGGCGAGGAGAGCAAGGCCAAACAUACGAAGCACAGAAUUUACGAAGGAUCUGGAAAUGCAGUGAGUGAAGGCGUCUCAGCUCCUGAUCUACUUCCUUCCCGUGAGAAGGAGACCGGCGCAGAUGUAGCAGACGCUACGGUGCAGGAAAACCGUGAAGAGAUAGAAGAUGAGUCUGAUGCCGAGGACCAGGAUCAGCGACCUCCUACCAACCCUCUUCAGUCAUCCGGCCACGGGGAGGAGGAGGAGGGAGGUGAAACGGAGGAAACCGAAAUCGCUAAAAACACCCAGGCGCUCACUCUAGAGGAGAGUUCCGAAAUCGGGAAUGCCGGAGAGCAAAACGAGGACGAGAGAACCCUCGAGGACACAACGCCAGACCCAGAAGCAGAGUCCACCGCAGCACCCUCAACCUAUGCGGCCAGUACAGUGACGUCCGAAAAGAAACAAGCUUCUAAACGUGGGCAACGCGGCAAGGCUAAGAAGAUUGCCGCAAAGUACAAGUACCAAGACGAGGAAGAUCGCCAAGCCAUCGCCACUCUCCUCGGCUCAGCGGCAGGUCGGCAGCGAGCCGAAGCCGAAGCGAAGGCGAAAGCCCAACGGGAGGCCGAGCUCGAAGCACAGAGGGAGAGGAGGAGGGCUCAGCAUCAGAAACAACAACAGGACGCCGCGGAGCACGAGGCCAGGAGGAAGCGCCUGCUGGAGGAAGGGCUAGAUGUCGUCGGAGCCGGCGAGCCGGAAGAUCUAGCGGCGGUAGAGGAUUUCGUGGGGACACCCCUACCGGGAGACGAGAUCCUCGAGGCGGUGGCCGUCUGCGCUCCGUGGGCGGCGAUGGGGAAGAUGAAGUACAAGAUCAAGCUGCAGCCGGGGAGUCUCAAGAAGGGACGCGCCGUCAAGGAUAUGCUGGAACGGUGGAGGCAUGAUAGCGAGAGGAAGGGGAGCUUGGAUCCCAGGGCUGAGGACAUGGAGAAGAUGUGGCCGAGGGAGGUGGAGUUGAUCAAGGCGCUGAGGGCGGAGGAGGUGGUUAAUGUUGUGCCGGUUGGUAAGGUGAGCAUCAUGGCUCCUGGCGGGGGUGGUGCUGCGGGUGGUAAGGGUGGGAAAGGAGGACAGCAAGCGAAGGGAGGCAGGGGAGGUAAGAAAAAGUGA